AGUUUAGUAGAGAAGAAGCUUCUCAGUUUGGAGGUUGAAAUGAAGAUUGCGUUUUUCAUAGUUUUCCUCGCAAGUUUCUUUGCGUGCAAUGAAUUGGCGAAAGUCUUAGACUUUAAUACUUUUCUGCGAGGCUUUGCGGAAUCCACGAGAAAGAAUUUCAAAUGUGGUUUUCCUGGCACAAACAUCCCAGUGUUGGAUCCACUCCAUGUGGCACAUUAUUCGGUUGCAUUUGAUGAAAUUGGAGACCUCGAAGAUUUCCAUUCAGAUCUUAGUUAUGUGACUGUGAACGAUUUAAGCAAGUUCACGAUUACAGACUUCAAAGCAAAUUUGCUUGGAUUGACGUUGACAUUUGGUCUGACAUUUCCAACUUUAAGCAUUUAUGGGAUCCACGACUCGUCUGUAAGAAGAAACAAGAACAAAUUUGAUGAUGGUCACGGAUUUUUCUCAAUUACAGUUGAAGACGCACAUGUAGAAGUCGCGAUAUCUUUUGGAUUAUUCCCGUUUACAAUCAAAAGUAAUGCGAUCACAGAUGCAAGCAUUGGUCAUAUUGACUCAAACUUUUAUGGUUUCAAAAACAAAGCGAAGAAUAGAAAAGUUGGUGAAGGUAUAAAUGAAGGAGCAUCAGAAUGGCUCACACACAAUCUCAACCAAAUCAACAGCGAUAUCACAAAUGCAAUUACUGGCUUUACAAAUGAUCGUCUUGAAUCUUUGCUAAGCAUUGAUAAUGUUCUUGAUGCAAUUAAAAAUUACAAUCCCGCAAACUGCGUCUAACUUUUUCUUGAAUGAAAUUUACAAACAUACAAAUAAAGAAGUUUCUGAACUUGAAAAAGAUUCAACACCUCAUAUCACCUGUUUAAAUAUUUUCCCCUUGAUAAAGUCUAUUUUUACUCACAACAUUAUGUUUGCCAACUUUUGACAGACUUAUGCAAUCUGAAAAUCUUUUUUAUCUCAGGCGAUAUCAAAAUAAUGAUAAAAAUGUAC